UUUCGCUUUGCUAUAAAUUCAAACAUUUUUCUUCUUCAAUCCACCCAUUUUUUUACAUUCUACACUUGUACAAUUUUUCCCCUCUUAUUUUCAAAUCAACAAGCAUAGAGAAUGGCUGACCAUACACACAAUGAGCCCAAGGACUGGAAGAAGGAGACGGCCAAGUACACUCUCGGCGGAGCCGCAUUCGGUGUAUUUGUCAGUGCAUUCCAGACAGCCUACGGCCCAGGCAAGGGUGGAUCCGCUCUGGACGUGUUGACUAAGAACGGCAGCACCAUUGGCUUCAUGGCUGCUAUGGGCGGUAUUUUUGCGGGUGUUGAUGCGGCAGUCGUACAGAUCCGCGGUAAGGAUGACUACGUGAACUCAGCGGUGGCUGGCUGGCUGCUGCGCUCGAUCCCCUCUGCGCUCGGUGGAUGUGCGUUCUUUGCCACGGCCAUGGGCACCUACGACUACUCGGGUGGUUUCGAGGGAAAGAUGCACGGCAUGAGCCGCAACCAGCGUGACGAGUACCGUGCUGGCUUGUUUGCGUCGGUCGAUGACCUCAAGAAGCAGUAAACAGGAGCGGUUGGGAUCAAGUUUAUUUUUCAUUCACACUCGAUAUUUCCACACAAAAAAAUGAUAUUUAAAUAUUUAA